UGGCGGCGAUCUAUUAAGUUGAUUCGUGUGAUCCGAUUGAAUUGUUCAUCGAUAAUUGGAGAACUCACGCUGAGAGGUGUUUGUUGAUUGCGACGGCGAUUGUGAGAAGAUGAGUAAAGGAGACAGUGGGCACCAUGGGUCUGGUGAACUUGAAGGAAGUUCGAGGGGUGGGGAUACUAGAAAGUGCUAUAAGUGUGGGGAAGGGGGUCACUUCAUUCGCAAGUGUGCCGAGUAUUGGCAAGCCCGUGCUCAUGGUGUUCCCUUCGUACCCGCUCCCUACCAACCAUCUACUAAUCGUGGAAGAUGCCUCGAGGAGGAGCUGGUCUGCUCAUGGGGGCAUAGCGAGAGGUGAGGUGGAUGAUACUAAUGCCUUGAUGCGCGAGUAUCUGGUGCAAAACGUUGCGGACAAGAAAGCGAAGAGGGAAAAAGAUGAGGAAGUACAGAAAAAGAGAAAGGAAGAGGCAGCACUAUCAGAAAAAAAACGAAAGAAGUUGAUGAAGCAAGAAGAGCGUUUUCGGAUGGAAGAGGAACGGGAUGCGAGACUUUUGCGAAUCAUCAGAGGCGAGAUGAGAAAGGAUAGUGAGGACAAUUAUAGCAGAAGUAACACUUGUCGAAAAGGUAAGAUGAAGUCGACGGAACUGUCUGAGUCUACAUCAGAGGAGAAAGAGCGCCUGCGGAAGUUCCUUGCGCUUUGCGGGGACAUCGAUCACGACGAUACCAGCGAUGAAGAACUAAAACUACUACUACGAAGGACUGCUAAGUUGGUGAUCAACGAAAAACGAAAGCGCGGGCCUGAAGUGAACAUCGAGAACAGCCCACCAAUGGUGACUCCUGAAAAGAAGGCGAGUAAGAGACCGUUAGAAGAAACGAAGACCAAGAUCGACAAACUACGCAACACGAAAAUCAUACUCAAGGACCUGGGCACGCCUCGUAAGAUAGAUUUAUCAUUGAAGCACCUCUCGACAUCUUUCGGAGUUGGUGGGAGGGAGAAAUUCGAACACGAGUGCUGCGACUUCUAUGAUGCCCUGACGAUUGACGAGCUGAAGGAAGUAUGCCGUCGAAAAAAAGUGUCAUAUGGUAAGAGGGAGCUCGCAAUGAAGAGGCUAGUAAUUAGACGGUCGGUCGUUGCUUACAACCUCGCCUAUCUGCCACUACCAACUGCAACGACGAGUAAAGGGAAGUCCAAGAGCAUCUGCUCCAAGGAGGUACCUGAGGACAGUUCGACCGUAGACAGUGAGUCGGAAGAGGACGAUGAGGAUGAGGAGUGACGAGUAAGUGAGGUAUGGAAACUAGCAGAGAACGCGAGUGAAGACCGAUUAAAGAAUAAUGGCAAGAAGAGAGCGGAUGAGCGAAUUAUGCGUGCGUCAGUGAUCAACUUGAUUCUGGAUGGCAAAGUGAAGUGGGGCGAAAGGUUUGUGGAAUAUUUGCAUCAAGCAAUCGAGAUUGGAACAUUCAACCUGGCGACACCGAAGAGCUGCGUGUAUAUCUUAGUGUCGCCAUGGAAUGAACGAACGCAAUCCAAUAGGUUGUCGAUGCGAGGUAGGGGCUUCGCGUUCUUAACGGUGAUGGCAUUGAGGCCCCUAUAGUCAAUGCACAUCCUUAGUGUACCUCCCUUCUUAGGGACAAAUAAAAUUGGCGCACCGUA